AUGUUGUUGAAGAUGUUGUCCCUUCGCUCCGCUGUGCGGAGAGCUUCCACUAAGCCCCUCCGAUCGCUCUCCACACCCAACACUGUUUCGCCAUUGCGAGCUGUAGCUGCUCGCUCCGUCUCGACUCCUCUGCGUCAUGGCCGUCACUUCUCUCCCUCUGCCGAUUCUCAUCUCAACUCCACACGUAACACCGUCGUUCAACUGCUCAGCAACAUCGGCUCUAAGCGUGAGGUCCAGCAGUAUCUGUCCCACUUUACAUCCGUGUCCUCUCAGCAGUUCGCUGUCAUCAAGGUCGGUGGUGCCAUCAUUACCGAGCACCUCCAGACCCUGUCGUCCGCUCUCGCAUUCUUGAACCAUGUCGGCCUCUACCCGAUCGUUGUCCACGGUGCUGGUCCCCAACUCAACCGGAUGUUGGAGGCCGCUGGUGUUGAGCCUCAGUUCGAAGAUGGAAUCCGGGUCACUGAUGGUAAGACCUUGGCAUUGGCCCGUAAGCUGUUCCUUGAAGAAAACAUGAAGCUGGUUGAGGAACUGGAGCGCAUGGGUGUACGUGCCCGUCCCAUCACCGCUGGUGUUUUCUCCGCCGACUACCUGGACAAGCCGAAGUAUAACCUUGUCGGCAAGAUCAAUGGCGUAGACAAGAAGCCGAUUGAGUCGGCCAUCGCUGCUGGAUGUCUGCCUAUCCUCACCUCUAUGGCUGAGACCCCCGACGGACAGGUCCUGAACGUGAAUGCUGAUGUUGCUGCCGGUGAGCUGGCCCGCGCUCUGCAGCCUCUGAAGAUCGUUUACCUCGCUGAGAAGGGUGGUCUGUUCAACGGUGACACUGGUGAGAAGAUCUCUGCCAUCAAUCUCGAUGAGGAGUACGACCAUUUGAUGUCCCAGUGGUGGGUGCGCCACGGUACUCGCCUGAAGAUCAAGGAGAUGAAGGAUCUCCUGGAUGAUCUUCCCCGUACCUCUAGUGUCGCUAUCAUACACCCAGCUGACCUCCAGAAGGAGCUGUUCACUGACUCCGGUGCUGGAACCCUGAUUCGCCGUGGUAACAAAGUUAACGUCAAGAGCUCUCUGUCCGAGAUCGAGGACCUACAGGCGUUGAAGGAGGUUUUGAUCCGUGACCGUGAGGGUCUCGAUGCUAAAGCGGUUGUUGACCGCUACGUCGAGGGCCUGAAGGAGCAUGAGUUCAAGAUCUUCUACGAUGACCCCAUGGAGGCCCUGGCUGUGGUUCUGCCCCCUCAGCAGGGUUCCCUGAUUGCCCAGCUGGCUACCUUUACUAUCACCAAGGCUGGCUGGCUAACCAACGUGGCUGACAACGUCUUUGUUAGCAUCAAGAAGGACUUCCCCAAGCUGGCAUGGACUGUCAAGGAGGAUGAUGAGAACCUGACCUGGUUCUUCGACAAGGCUGAUGGUAGCCUCAGCCGUAACGGCCAGGUUUUGUUCUGGUACGGCGUCGAAAACGGUGACGAGGUCAAGCAGUUGGUCGAGGAGUUCACCAAGAACGGCCGCCAGAUGUUCGGUGAUAUCAACCUCGAGGCGCGCCUCCACCGUGCCCACGAGGCUGCUUCUAGCAUUCUUUCCAAGGGCUACGGAGCCAGCGCCGCCUCUGCUGAACAGAAGCGUGGUUUCUCCACCAGCUCCAACGUCCUGCGCGCUUCCCGCGCCCAGCGCCCUGCCGUGGCCGUUCGCGGUAUUCGUACAUAUGCGACCACCAACCCCAACCCUCCCCUCGGUGAGAAGAACGCUUCAAACACCCGCCCCGCCAAGGUUGCUCUCAUCGGUGCCCGCGGCUUCACUGGCCAGGCUCUGAUCAAUCUGCUCGACGCCCACCCAAACAUGGAUCUCCGCCACGUCUCGUCCCGCGAGUUGGCUGGUAAGAAGCUCCAGGGCUACAGCAAGCGCGAAAUCAUCUACGAGAAUCUUAGCGCCGAGGACGUUCGCAAGAUGUCCGCCAAUGGCGAUGUCGAUUGCUGGGUUAUGGCCUUGCCCAACGGCGUCUGCAAGCCCUUCGUUGAGGCUGUCAAUGAGGGUGCCAGCAACGGCAACGUUAUCAUUGAUCUGAGCGCCGACUACCGCUUCGACCCCACCUGGACCUACGGCCUGCCCGAGCUGGUCGACCGCUCCAAGAUCGCCCGUGCCACUCGCAUCGCUAAUCCUGGUUGCUACGCCACCGCUGCCCAGCUCGGUAUCGCCCCACUCGUUCCCUUCCUUGGUGGCCAGCCCACAGCCUUUGGUGUCUCCGGUUACUCUGGUGCUGGAACCAAGCCCAGCCCCAAGAACGACGUUGAAUUCCUGACCAACAACAUCAUUCCUUAUAGUCUGACUGACCACAUUCACGAGCGUGAGAUUAGCGCUCAGCUCGGUGCUAGCAUCGCCUUCAUCCCCCACGUCGCUGUUUGGUUCCAGGGUAUCCACCACACCAUCAGCAUCCCUCUGAAACAGAAGAUGACAUCUCGUGACAUCCGCAACCUUUACCAGGACCGAUAUGCCGGAGAGAAGCUCGUCAAGAUCGUUGGCGAGGCUCCACUAGUCAAGAACAUUGCCGGCCGCCAUGGUGUCGAAGUUGGUGGAUUUGCUGUCCACUCAAGCGGCGAGCGUGUCGUUGUCUGCGCCACCAUCGACAACCUCCUCAAGGGUGCCGCUACCCAGUGUCUCCAGAACAUGAACUUGGCUCUGGGCUACUCUGAGUACGAGGGCAUUCCCCUGGAUUGA